CGCAGUAUUUGAACUCUGGAAACGCGAACCAUGGGACGUGUUUGCUAUCGUCACGUAUGUCAGUUCACCUUGGUUCAAUCGUUAUUGCACAAUAUUUACUCAUAGCAAGGGCACACCCUCCAAAAAGACAAUUGUCGCCGACUAUAUUUAUCAGCUUUAACUUACACGAAUCACUUAGCCUUACAUUUCUCUAUGAGAUAGCAUAUUGAACAUCUAUGUAGAGAUAUUCAGAAGCGUUCACUCUAUGUAGCUGUUCGUUGAUUGAAUCAAAAGACGAGGGAGUUUGACCUACUGACCUAAAUUACUCUGCGAGGAGCUCCCGACAUCCAGUUGUACUGUUGCUCUCAAGCUUAACCCGUUUGUCAUCGGUUGGAAGAAAAUGGCCUCCCCUGUGGUAAAACCCGAAUGGCUCGCAAGUCAAAUAAAGGCCGGAAACAAAGAUUUGAGAGUUUUUGAUACAAGCAUAGGACCUUCUGGGCCAUCUGUCGAUGAGUUUAAAAGUGCGCAUAUAGAAGGAGCACAGUUUUUCAACUUAAAACAGAAUGCGCCCUUCACUCAGUAUCUUCCUGUUGGGCUACCAGAUCCCUCCGUCUUUCAAGAUUACGUGAGAUCUCUCGGCAUUAACUCAUCCAGUCACGUCAUCCUGUACGAAAAUGUUCAACUUAACGGAUUUGCAGCAUCUCGAGCAUGGUGGCUGUUAAGAGUUCAUGGUAUAACGAAUGUGUCUGUUUUGAAUGGGGGACUGGUCAGAUGGAAGAAGGAGGGUCACCCGGUCACAGAUAAGCAGGCCGAGUAUGAGAAAGGUGACGUGACGGUCAAGGUCAACAAAAGCCUGGUGAUGCUGUACGAUGACAUCAAACCCGGCGAUGGGCGACAGUUCGUGGACACUCGGCACCCCGACAAUUUUAACGGCAAAGAGAAAGAGCCUUCAAAAUUUCAGACGUUCUGCAUGGAUUAUGUGGGACUGAAGUCAGAUGGCCUCACGCUUCAGACAGGGCAUAUUCCCGGAGCCUUCAACAUCUUCUACCCUACUGUGUAUGAGGAGGACACCAUCUCUCUCAAAGGGAAAGAUGAACUUCUCCAAAUGUUUCAGUCAGUUGGGGUCAAGCUUGACAAGCCAAUGACGUCAACCUGUUACGUAGGCUUCACCGCCUGUACCCUUGCCUUGGCCGCCUGUGUCUGUGGGAAGGAUGACGUCAGCGUCUACUAUGGUUCCUGGACUGAGUACGGACAAAGAGCAUCAGACGUUAAUGUUGAAUAUUUUCAAGAUUACGUGAGAUCACUCGGCAUCAACGCAUCCAGUCACGUCAUCCUGUACGAAAACGUUGAGCAUUACGGAUUUGCAGCAUCUCGAGCAUGGUGGCUGUUAAGAGUUCAUGGUAUAACGAAUGUGUCGCUUUUGAGUGGGGGACUGGGCAGAUGGAAGAAGGAGGGUCACCCAGUCACAGAUAAGCAGGUCGACUAUGAGGUGGGUGCUAUCUUGGACAACACGACGAAAGGUGACGUGACGGUCAAGGUCAACAAAAGCCUAGUAAUGCUCUACGAUGACAUCAAACCCGGAGAUGGUCGACAGUUCGUGGACACGCGACAUGCCGACCAUUUUAACGGCAAAGAGAAAGAGCCUUCAGCAUAUCAAACGAUGCGCAUGGAAUUAUUAGGACUGAAAUCUGAUGGCCUGGCGUUUCAGACCGGUCACAUUGCUGGAGCCGUCAACAUCCACUACACCUCUUUGUACCAGGACGACACCAUCUCGUUUAAGGGGAAGGACGAGCUUCUAAAAGUGUUUCAGUGUGCUGGGGUCAAGCUGGACAGGCCCAUGUCGUCCACGUGUUAUAUCGGCUUCACAGCCUGUGCCCUGGUCCUGGCCGCCUGUGUUUGUGGGAAGGAUGACGUCAGUGUCUACUAUAGAUUAUUUCGAGAGGCGCUGUCGGCAUCUUUCACUCUUGGCCUGUUAGGUGCGAGCGCGGGGAGCAUGGCCUCCCCAGUGGUGACGCCGGAAUGGCUCUCAAGUCAAAUAAAAGUCGGAAACAAAGAUUUAAGAAUUUUUGAUACAACCAUUGGACCAGCUGGUCCAUCUACAGACGAUUUUAAAAGUGAACAUGUACAAGGAGCACAGUUUUUCAACUUAAAAAAGAAUGCCCCCUUCACUCAAUACCUCCCUUUGGGGCUACCAGAUCCCACAGAUUUCCAAGAUUACGUGAGAUCUCUCGGCAUCAACGCAUCUAGUCACGUCAUCCUGUACGAAAACGUCGAUCAAAACGGAUCUAAAGCAUGUCGAGGAUGGUGGCUGCUAAGAGUUCACGGAAUAACGAACGUAUCCGUGUUGAGUGGGGGACUGGUCAGAUGGAAGAAGGAGGGUCACCCAGUCACAGAUAAGCAGGUCGAGUAUGAGAAAGGUGACGUGACGGUCAAGGUUAACAAAAGCCUGGUGAUGCUCUAUGAUGACAUCAAACCCGGAGAUGGGCGACAGUUCGUGGACACACGGCACCCCGACAACUUUAAUGGCAAAGAAAAAGAGCCUUCAAAAUUCCAAACCUACUGUAUGGGCUUUCUGGGACUGAAAUCUGAUGGCCUGGCGUUUCAGACCGGACACAUUCCCGGAGCCGUCAAUAUCCCCUACCCCACCCUGUUCGAGGACGACGCAAUUACCUUUAAAGGGAAAGACGAGCUUCUCCAAAUGUUUCAGUCUGCUGGGGUCAAGCUGGACCAACCCAUGACGUCAACAUGUUUCAUCGGCUUCACCGCCUGCAUCCUCGCCCUGGCCGCCUGUGUCUGUGGGAAGGAUGACGUCAGUGUCUACUAUGGUUCCUGGACUGAGUACGGACAAAGAGCUUCAGUCGGCAGUGUGGAGUGCAAGCAUUGAAUACGGAGCCUGUGGCAGGUGCAUCCUCUCCUCAUCUUCAUACGCUGCUGCUGCUGCUGCAGCGUUGUCAGCCAUUGAAGAUGUACAUAGAGGGGACUCAUGUUUUAACAUUUUCAAAUGAAUAUUAACAACAUUCCAUAAGACAUUGAUGAACAGUAACAUAUUAAGUAACUUCUAGGCAUUUAGAAGUCGGAGUACUAAGUAAGGAUAAGAAUUUAUGGAUAAACAACUUCUUUAUUACAAUUAAGAGCGACGUUUCGGUGUAGGUUGUAACGCCGUAAUCAAGCAAGUGAACCUACACCGAAACGUCGCUCUUAAUUGUAAUAAAGAAGUAAAUUCCAUUAAUUCUUAUCCUUACUUAACAUAUUAAGUAGAUACACGUUAUGUUUUACAUCGGUUCUGAUAUUUCAGCUACGUAGGUUAUUACAGCCUAAAAUACCUAUAUGGUGAGGUUCGUGUUUAAUUGCCAUUGAUAUAGUUACAGAUGCUACUGAUCCUAUUAAGUGUUAUGGAUAAUAAGAAAAUUGGUGAAAGUUGUUUUAAGCCACAGUCGGCAAUUCCAGCUAUGUCAAGGCGACCUAUAGAUAGUCUGGGCCCACUUGCACAAAGCGAUAUUAAAGUAAUUCUCAUGAUCAGUUACAAUAAGGAAUGGAAAAAGAACAUAAAUAAAGUUCUAAUAUU